AUGCGACUGAAGGACCUCGAGUCGGCCUUGCAGCCGCUCAAGGUCUUUGAGUCGCCCAAGGUCAUGCUGGAGCAGUAUCCCACGUCUGCUCAUCUAGCUGCGCGAAUGCUUUACAACGCUCACACAGCGCACGACGACAUACAAGACCGUUCAGUUCUCGACCUUGGCUGCGGCUGCGGUGUUCUGGGCAUAGGCGCCGCUCUCCUCGAAGCAGCUCACGUGAUCGGCUUGGAUGUGGACGACGACGCACUCAGAGUCGCUCGAGACAAUCUAGAGAUGCUGGAGCUAGAAGGCCAAGUAGACUUGAUGCGGGCCAGGCUGUCUGACUCGGAUGACAUCAAGACGCUCGACUUGUCUCGCCUGGCCAAUGCAUUCGAUACCGUCAUCCUCAAUCCACCUUUUGGAACGAAAACCAAGGGAAUCGAUAUCGUCUUUCUGUCUGCUGCUUGCAAAAUUGCAACACGAGCAGUACACACGCUGCACAAGACAAGUACACGCGACUUUAUCGCCAAAAAGGCAAAAUCGCUCGGCUUCGAUGCAGAAGUGGCAGCUGUCAUGCGCUAUGACCUGCCGGCCACGAUGAAGUUUCACAAGCAAAAGAGCAAGGACAUCGAAGUCGACUACUGGGUCCUCAGGCGGAUACCCUAG